CUUCUCUUGAGCAGCUGAUAUUUUGAUCAUUACAAUCUGUUUUGUUAGGAAUUAAUCAUGAACCCACUGUGCUAAGUUUGAAUUGCUUUACGGAUGUGCUCAUUUAUUUAUGCAAUCGUUUAUUUCACCGCUUCAAAAUGCUUAUUUUUAUUGUUGUGGAAACUGACGAUAUUUAAGAUAGACCCAUUAAACAAGUCCUUCUUUGCGUUUCUAUUCUAUUAUAUCGUGUAGGUGCGUUGCAAAAAAAUACACUUUACAGAGUUUCUGUUUUAUUAUAUCAGAAGCUUUUCUUGGAGUAACUUUAAUACUUCGUUGCUAUUCCGUUAAAAACCACCCGGAGCCGCUGGUAACCGUGACAAUUUUGCAAGACCGCUAUUACCGGCUCAUUUGUAUGUCUCCUCCUUUUGAAAGCACCAGUCUUAACCUUCUCGAUGUCUUCAGCGGUCGUGUAGCGAACCACGUCCAGGCCGGUUUUGAUCGUUUUGGUUCAGUGUUUAUUUAUUUGGUUUAAAUCCUGAACGUUGGGUUUUAAGCCGAGAUGAAUCAGCGUGUCGGAUCAGUAUGGACUGCGUUUCUGCUGUCUUAUUGCUGGACUUUAUCUUCCGCUCAGAUUGCGUAUUCCGUCUCGGAGGAAGUGAAUGUGGGAACCGUUGUCGGGAAUAUAGCAAAAGAUCUUCACAUCGGCGUGCAGGAACUGGAACCUCGCAUGUUUCAGAUUGUAUAUGGAGCCAACAAAAGGCAUUUUGGGGUGAAUGUAAAGACUGGGACCCUGUUUGUGAGUAAUCGAAUCGAUCGAGAAUCGCUCUGUUCUGCCGAUCAGAAAUGCACGGUGCUUUUAGAAGCAAUGGCCCAUAAUCCAUUGAGCCUGUACAGAAUAGAGAUGCAUAUAAUUGACAUCAACGAUAACGCGCCGUCGUUUCCUACGAGCAGUCAGGUGCUCAAUAUAACUGAAGUCUCGUCUCCUGGAGAGAAAUUUUCUCUUCCUUUGGCUGAAGAUCCAGACUCGGGCAGCAAUGCGGUUAAAACCUACAAGCUUAGUCCCAACGAGCACUUUUCUCUGGAUGUGCAGACCGUAGAACACAGCGUCGCCGUCGAACUGGUCCUGAUUAAAGCUUUAGAUCGAGAAAAACAGCCUGUCGUUCAUCUAACGCUGACUGCUGUAGAUGGAGGGAGACCUGCGUUGUCUGGAACGUUAGAAAUAACCGUCAAUGUUUUGGAUUUCAACGACAACUCUCCAGUUUUUAGCAAAUCUCUUUACAAAGUGAAAGUGAACGAAAAUAUUGCUAUAGGAUCCCAAAUCAUCUCCCUUUCUGCUUCGGAUUUAGAUGAGGGGAUAAAUAGCGAUAUAACGUUUUCUAUCGUUAAGCAAGGAGCCAGCAAAGCGUCCGAUUUGUUUUCAAUCAACCCCGACAGCGGACUUAUAACGGUUAAAGAUAAUGUAGAUUAUGAAGAAAACGCUGCUGUGGAAUUGAGGGUGGAGGCCAAGGAUAAAGGCCACCCUCCUAAGAGUUCACAGUGUAAGGUGUUAGUUGAAGUAGUUGAUGUUAAUGACAAUCCACCCGAGCUGACGGUGACUUCUCUGGCGAGCACUAUUAAAGAGGAUUCAAAAGUCGAAACAGCUGUGGCUCUUAUCACGAUCUCUGAUAAAGACGGAGGUAAAAAUGGAAUAGUGCAUUGCAAAAUUAUAGGUCAGGUGCCGUUUAAGAUCCAGUCCUCGUAUAAAAACUACUACUCUUUAGUUGUAGAUGGACCACUGGACAGAGAAGAAAUUACGAAUUAUAAUGUCACUAUAAUAGCUUCAGACGAAGGGAUUCCUUCACUCUCUAGUAUCGGUGUUAUCACAGUUCAUAUAUCUGAUGUGAAUGACAACGCACCGCAGUUUCCAGUAGCUGCGAAGAACAUAUAUUUAAAGGAAAAUAGUCCAGCAGGUGCCAUUAUAGAGACAGUGACUGCUCAGGAUCCAGAUGUCAACGAGAAUGCUCGUAUUUCGUAUACAAUAUUUAGCAGAGACAAAACCGUCCUUCCAUUAGUCUCUAUGAUCGACAUAAAUAGUGAGAGCGGAGACUUGUACAGUAAACAGUCGUUUAACUACGAAGACCUUAAGUCGUUUCAGUUUGUCGUUCAGGCCACAGACUCUGGUGUUCCUCCUCUGAGCAGUAACUCGACUGUAAAUGUGUUUAUUCUGGACGAGAACGACAACAGUCCGGUUAUUUUAGCUCCUUAUUCUGAACCUGGAUCAGUUAAUAGUGAGAACAUUCCCUACUCUGCUGAAGCGGGAUACUUUGUAGCCAAGAUCAGAUCUGUUGAUGCUGACUCUGGAUAUAACGCACUUCUGUCUUAUCAUCUAACUGAACCCAAAGGAACCAAUCUGUUCCGCAUCGGAAGCAGUUCUGGAGAAAUAAGGACUAAGAGACGAAUGAGUGACAACGACUUAAAAACUCACCCACUUCUCAUCACAGUGUCUGAUAAUGGAGAGCCAUCACUCUCAGCGACUAUGUCCAUGGAUGUUGUGGUUGUUGAGAGUCUGGAUGACAUAAAGACAUCCUUCCGAGAAGUUCCUGUUAAAGAGGAGAGUUUUUCAGAUCUCAAUCUGUAUCUGCUCGUCUCUAUCGUCUCAGUAUCAGUCAUCUUUUUACUGAGUCUGGUGGGUUUGAUAGCAGCUAAAUGCUACAGGACAGACAGCAGUUUCAGCAGGUACAGCGCUCCAGUGAUCAGCACACAUCCAGACGGAAGCUGGUCCUUCUCUAAAUCCACUCAACAGUACGACGUGUGUUUUAGUUCAGACACGAUAAAGAGUGAUGUAGUAGUUUUCCCCUCGCCGUUUCCUCCAGCAGACGCGGACCUGAUCAGCAUUAAUGGAGAAGAUACUUUUACGCGCACGCAAACUCUUCCUACCUCAGAGAAGGUAAGACAUUGUAACUUGCUUCGUACAUUUCACUUCUCCUGCACCUGA